CUAAUGAGUUAAUCUUCGUAUGUUUUGAAGUAGACUUGAGGUGUGGCACAUUUAGUUGAAACAUUGCAUUUGCUAACAUGAUACAGAUCCACCUGUUGUUGAUGUUGAUGUGUUCGUGCAGGUUGCCUGAGUCACCAUGGUGAACAUUUUGGGGUACUUCAAAAUCCUCAUCAACAGCUCCGACACCACCAUCAUUAAGGAGCAGACAAGCUAUGGGAUCCCAAGCGUCACCGCCGGGUGCUGUCUCCUGGCAUGUGGUUGCCUGAUCAAACAUGGUAAACAUUCUGGGAAACAUCAAGGUAAUGGUCAACAGCAACGACAGCACAACAAUCAAGGAGACCACAAGCUAUGGCCUACAAAAUGCCACCGCCGGAAGGCUUGUGCUCGCUUGUGGUUGCCUGAAGUCACCAUGGUGAACAUUUUGGGCUACAUCAAAGUCCUCGUCAACAGUACCGACACCACAAUUAUCAAGGAGCAGACCAGCUAUGGGAUCCCAAGCGUCACCACCGGGUGCUGCCUCCUGGCAUGUGUGGUGGCGCUCGUGGCCUUUUGGGUCGCGACCGAGGUGCUCAGCUGGUUCGGUUUCACCAGGAGCGGUGUUCGUGCUAACAGCUGCGCUGCAAAAAUCCAGUCUUUGAUGGGCGAUGUUCCGAAAGAUGGCAUCUUUGCCAGAUGCCAAAGCUGGGGGCGGAAAGGUGUACCACUACCGAUCAGAUUGGGGAUAGUGAUUGCGUCGUUUGUGGCUACUCUGUUGUACGGAUGCUAAGCAACAUGAGUGGUGCACUCAAUAAAAUUCUCGCGCGUGUUUUUGGUGACGUUGUAUGCCGUCUUUUUUUUUUCUUUUUUUGCAUUUUUUCGCAACCAUAUCUACGCAUUUUAAUAAAAUACCAGUUGAGAGUU